AUGACCCGGGUCAUUCCCAAUGCGAAUGUUUGCCCGAGAUCCCGAGGAGCCGGAGGAACAUUCAUGGACUCUGAUGAAACCGGACUCGGAGGUUUGCUGCGACCAGGCCCAGGAAAAACCAUGUCUGGCGGGAAAAAUGGGGUUCGGGGCAACGAUAAUUAUGGGCUACCCUCGGGAUCCUCCAUUCCCUUUUUUGCAAAAAAUGACACAGAAACUGGGCUGAUUACUGCGCAACUCAGCACCGACAUCGAGCUCAACUGUACUGUGGAAAAUCUCGGCGAUAAAACCUUUAGCACCCGAUCUCAAUUUGCUUCUCAUAAUCCGGGAGCCGGAGGAACAUUCAUGGACUCUGAUGAAACCGGACUCGGAGGUUUGCUGCGACCAGGCCCAGGAAAAACCAUGUCUGGCGGGAAAAAUGGGGUUCGGGGCAACGAUAAUUAUGGGCUACCCUCGGGAUCCUCCAUUCCCUUUUUUGCAAAAAAUGACACAGAAACUGGGCUGAUUACUGCGCAACUCAGCACCGACAUCGAGCUCAACUGUACUGUGGAAAAUCUCGGCGAUAAAACCGUGUCGUGGUUUAGGCGAUUCGGAAACGAGACGCAUUUGCUUACAGUCGGUUUGAAUACGUACAUCCGGGACAGUCGAGUGAGUCUGACGUACGUUUUGCACAACAAUUGGCAAUUGAGAAUAGCAAACACGGAGACAUCCGACGCUGGCACGUAUUUGUGCGAGGUUUCCACGCAUCCGCCGAUCCAUCGGGAAGUUCAGCUUAAAGUAGUUGCUCUGUUUCCUGCUCUGAAGUGA